AUAUUCUGCACCCAGCAGCCGGUCUGUGCGGUCAGCGGAAGGCGGGCCCGGCACUCACUGUCUCUCUCACUUUCUCUCUCUCUCGCUCCUUCCUUGUCGCGCCAAACGCACACUCCCCACCUCCGCCAGUCAGUCACCCCCCCUCCCGCCCGCCCCCCACCAUCUACCCGCACGCACUCACGUGACUCUCUCCGCCCGGCGAGACCAUGAACGGUCAGAUCAACGGUUUCCACGAGUCGCUGCUGGACGAGAGGACGUUCCUCUUCACCUCCGAGUCGGUGGGAGAAGGUCAUCCAGAUAAAAUCUGUGAUCAAAUAAGCGAUGCUGUGCUGGAUGCUCAUCUCAAACAAGACCCAGAUGCAAAAGUUGCUUGUGAGACUGUUGCGAAGACGGGGAUGAUUUUGCUGUGCGGGGAGAUUACUUCCAGGGCGACUGUUGACUACCAGGCAAUUGUACGUGAAACCAUCAAGCACAUUGGAUACGACGAUUCUUCCAAAGGCUUUGACUACAAAACCUGCAAUGUGCUGGUUGCUCUGGAGCAGCAGUCUCGGGACAUUGCUCAGGGCGUUCACCUGGACAGGAAUGAGGAGGACAUCGGUGCUGGGGACCAGGGCCUUAUGUUUGGUUAUGCAACUGACGAGACUGAGGAGUGCAUGCCCUUGACUAUUGUCCUCGCCCACAAGCUGAACGCUAAGAUGGCUGAGCUGCGACGUGACAGGACCCUGCCCUGGCUCCGGCCCGAUUCCAAGACUCAGGUGACUGUGCAGUACCUGCAGGAUCACGGUGCUGUGAUCCCUAUCCGGGUGCACACCAUCGUGGUGUCUGUGCAACAUGAUGAGGAGGUGUCUCUGGAGAAGAUGCGAGAGUCCCUGAAGGAGAAGGUGGUGAAGGCUGUGGUGCCGCUCAAAUACCUGGACCAGGAAACCGUGUACCACCUGCAGCCCAGCGGUCGCUUCGUCAUCGGGGGCCCACAGGGCGACGCUGGUCUGACGGGCAGGAAGAUCAUCGUGGAUACCUACGGAGGCUGGGGAGCCCACGGAGGCGGGGCCUUCUCUGGCAAAGACUACACUAAGGUGGACCGCUCGGCCGCCUACGCUGCCCGCUGGGUGGCCAAGUCCCUGGUGCGGGCUGGCCUGUGCCGCAGGGUCCUCGUGCAGGUGUCUUACGCCAUAGGAGUGGCUCACCCCCUCUCGAUCUCCAUCUUCUCGUACGGAACCUCAGAACUGAGCGAGAAAGAGCUGCUGGAGAUUGUGAAGAAGAACUUUGACCUGCGCCCUGGUGUGAUUGUCAGGGAUCUGGAUCUGAAGAAGGCGAUUUACCAGAAGACUGCUGCCUAUGGCCACUUUGGUAGGGAUAGCUUCCCCUGGGAAGUGCCUAAGAAACUAAAAUACUGAGUGUUAAGUCUUUCUCCCCAGACACUGUCAGUGUAUAAUACAGAGAAGCUACAGAGUCUCUGUGGGAGAAAGGCCACCUCUUAAUAUCCUGUCUAUCCUCAAACCAUCUCCACGGUGGCAAUAGUUCUGACAUUACCCCCCACCCCCUUGCUUAUGCUUACCCCUUGUGCUGGUCAUGGUGUUGCUGUGAUGUGUUCAGGAUAAGGGAUUCCCGGGACCAUCGCUUGGAACGAGUCAGGUUUGCAUCUGUCCGAGGUGACUGUCGUCGCUUAUAGCCUUAUUCUGCUCGAAGCUUUGCUUAUUCCCUCCCUUCUCCCCCCCCCCCCCCCCGCCCCCCCAUUCCACUCCAUGUAAAGCUAGUCCUGUUGCUUACAACAAGGCGAUAACCUAUUACUGCCCCCACACCCCCCCGUAAUUGAGGACAUGUCUCGUAUGUAUGGUGUAUGUUGUGAAGUGAGUCCUGAUCUCUUGCUGUUACAUGACCCCAGAAUUCCUCCUGUUCUUAGUUUAUUUUUAAAGAGCUUGUGAAGAGGGGGGAGAAGGCUGGUGAAAACUUGUGCAUUUGGAGACUUGUCUGACUGUGCCGAAAAGCACUUCACAAUCGAGACUGAAUUCAGAACAGUCAGAGCAAGGUUUGAAGCUAACUAAGUUCAUGAGUAAUUUGGAGUCUUCUUUCUCCCUCCCCCUCUCUCUCUCUCUCUCCCCCUCUCUCUCUCCCUCCCUCUCUCUCUCCUGACACUCUUUAAAAAGCCCCAGUUUCUUCCCCGCCCCACCGCAAGAGAUUCAUUUGAACACAUCACAUUCUCUUUAAUCUUUCCCCUAGUUUUGUUUGGAGGACUUACGUAAUGAUUUUUAUAAACAAAGGGUUUUUAGGAGUUAACAACAGCUAUGCAUCGUUGUUUCUGCACUAGCCAAACCUCAUUUUUAAACUCUCCUUUUUAUUUUUCUCUCUCUCUCUCUGGGACAGACAGACCCUGGUAAAGCCUUGACGUGAUACAGAGAAGUCAGGAGACUCCCAGGGGUCUGCGUUGCACACUUAAUUUUGUUUGGGUUCUAGUGGUAUUUUCUUUAUAAGAAAGACGUAUAUUUUAGAAAACAAUAAUCCAUAAACGCACAGACAGUGUCCUGGAGUGUGACGGACAAUGCCAAUUGUCUGCUGGUAUCUGGUGUGAUACAGAGAAACCAGAGAGGCCGCGACACUGGGCUUAGAGAAACCUUCAUACUUGAAUCCUAUCACGUUGCUAUUUAUUGUACUCUGAGCCUCGCCUGGUGUAGCUACAGAGAAGCCAGGCCGGCGCUCAGGAGCCAGCUUUGACGAGAUUUUUUUUAAAUUAUAUUGCAAAUUCCUUCAGUUCCAGUCUCCCUAGAGUAGAGACCGGGGUGUCCUACAGAAAGCCCUUGGGUCCAAACCUACAAGAGGGGGUCUGGCUGGUGUUAAACACAGGGAGGGGCGAGCGAGUGCAGUGGCCGAGAGGAAAGCACCUUGGCCCGUGUUGUACAGAGAAGCGGGCUUGUUUACAGGCUUUCCCAGGCCGCUGUGAGCGUGAAGUGCCUUUUUGUUAACUUGGUUAUUACGUAUGUCUGUCAUCAAGAAGUCCAAAACUACUUGUCUUGAAAUCUUUUCCAAUAAAAGUACUAGGUUCUCCAUAAA